CUGAGACACAGCUGAGAAUUAGGGAGGGAGAGAGAGAGCGAGAGCAGUGAAGUGGAAAUUUGGGUGAGCAUCAGGAAAAGACAGAAAUAGAGCGAUAAAGCAGUGAAUUAGGCAGAGGCAGGCAGAGGGGGGAGAGGAGAAAUGGAGGCAGCCUUUCACUAAGGGAGUGAUGCUUCGUGCAGACAAGGUUACAUUUCACUGAGGGCGAACGCUCUGGACGUGUUUGGACGCGAGAGCCUCAUGGAUUUGCCCUCGUCUGAGUCUUGAUGGAAUUCACUGCAUCUGGAUCCCGCACAGAUGCAGACUGAGGAUGCGGCUGGAUGCUAAGAUUGCUGUGGGCCUGUGAUUCCUUUGCACGUCUCAGUCGCUGCCUUCUUCUCCACAAGGAUGGCUCCAGCAGCACUGACCCAGAUAGUGGAUUUGUGGCUCUACGCUGAGCUUUGUUCCUCGGGUGGUCUGCCAAUGUGAUGCGGAUGAGGCAUGCUACACACCUCUGCGGAGACCUCUCAGCCCGCUGACUCUGCUGACAUCUGUCUCCGUGGAUACGCACGGCAGCCGGCAGGCUACGCCGCCGAGUCUGAUCCACAAUAAUAAUCCCCGGCAGGAGAAUAAACAACGUCUGAUUGCGGAGGGAAGAGAGAGGGUGAAGUCUCAGUAGGUUGGGCUGCAGAUGGUGACACUGCAGCAGCACUUCUCCAGUAUGGAGGAGACGGUGCGAACGUUACUGCAGAACCAGAACUCGCUGGAAGGGCCCAAAGUGGACCCACUGGACUUAAUGAAAGCUUACAAGGAUAAACUCCUGGAGGAAAUGUGGAAGCAGCAGGGAAGCCUGGAGGGCCCCAUAGCCUCAGCAGAAGAGACGCCUCCUUCACCCGAGGCUGGCGGUGGAUCGGAGGAAAAUUCAGAAGACAACAAUCCCCUGCUCGAGCGUCUGAGAGCGCUGGAGGCGGAGAACUCUGCUCUGUCGAUGGAAAACGAUAACCAGAGGAAGCAGUAUGAGCGCUGUCUGGAUGAGGUGGCUAACCAGGUGGUGCAGGCUCUCCUCACACAAAAGGACUUGAAAGAGGAAUGUGUGAAGCUGCGGACCCGCGUGUUUGACUUGGAGCAACAAAACCGCAUACUGAGCGUGUUGUUUCAACAGCGUGUCAAAAUGUCCACGGCUCCUGUCUCCCAGGAGGUCCAAAGAAAUGGAAAAGCAGGAAUUCCUGCAGGAAGAUGGCCCAGCCUACUGAGUCUAACGUGCCCACGCAGUAGUGGUAGUGGCAGUGGUAGUGAGCUUUCACUUUCCAGCGCUUGCAGUGAAUACUCCAGUGGCUCCCAUACUUGGGCAGAGGGACGAGGUUUUUCCAAGCAGUGUGCCACAAGCCGGGACAAAAGGAUGAGUACGGGCUUUGUAUCCAGCAAUCAUUCAGCACCUAUUGGGGAAACAGACUUAGGAUGGAAGGAGGGCCAUAUUUUAAAAGGCCUAAAGCGUCUUCAGAUGAACAAAUCCAGAGAGACGUCAUCACUUCCAUCUGUACCACACUGCAAAGACUGCAUGACAUCAAAUGAGGGCAUAUAUUCUCUUGGUGUCAAAUGUGGCCAACAAGGGACUACAGCCAAGGAGGUAGCGCCUUCAAGUAAAGCGUUUACGGCUGAAGCAGGUGUUUCCACUCUAGACUCUGAUGAUCCAGAUGAUGACUCACCUAAAGUACCCAAAAGGGAAUCCAGUGACCAGCCAACAAAGGAUUGUCUUCAUUUGGACAAACUGGAUGUUAUUAAGGAUAAUGACCAACAUUUUCAUGAAGGCUGUGGGAAAUCUUCAGAGAACUCUGGUCCUUUCCCCUCCCCUGACUCAGACAACCUUUCAAUUCUAGAGACCCCCAUCAUCAAACCUGGUGUAAGCCCAACUGAUAGCCUUACACAUCUAGAAGAAACAAACCAGCACUCGCUGGAGAAACAGAAAACAUCAAGCUUGAAAUUCAGUGACCAAAACAAUAACCAGGAACGGUCUACUGACCGCAAGUCCAGACUUGAUCAUAGCAAAAGACAACAGGGCAGACCUUCUGCAAGGCAAGCGGAGCCAUUAAAUAACACGAGCUCAACUAUUCAGCAUACCGCAACAAGAGCCCUCAGCUGCAUGAAUGAAGCCAGACAGCGCAGUUCUUCAAUGGAGGUUCCUCAUCGCAGAGAGCAAACAAGCCAGUCUGGCAGUGAUAGCAAGGAUUACGCUGCAUCAGAGUCUCCUCAGAGGAAACCAAAAUCACAGCUAUGUGACUCAGCAAGGAAGGCUUUCAUUCUGCGAAGCAAGAGUGCAGAUGGAGGGCAAGAACAAACUAAGUAUACACACUCCCCUCUGCACCAAAAGCUUUUUAAGGGUCAAAAAUCAAAAGGACAGUCAAACCCAAACCCUUCAGGGUAUAGUGUGCCUGGCAAAAGGACAAAUAUCAAUAAAACACAUGGCUCGGGCAAAGGUUCAUUAUCUAAAGCUGAGCAACAUGAGGAAGUUGCAGUAUCACCAAGUUCCAAGUCCCUUGAGAAUGUUCAGCAGCUCUCUCCUCUAGCAUCCCCUGUGAAACAUUCAAAGACACUAAAGUCUCCAGGUGUUAAAGAGUGCGCAAAGAGUCCAACAAAAUUGCCCUUGCAAAUCAACAGACUCUCAAGUAGUGACUCUGUGGAAGAAAGCAUCUAUGACAACUUACCCUGCUCACCACGAAAACAGCGGCGCCAAGACCAGCACUGUGAUGUUUCCCAGUCAAAGCAUAGGUCCCCAUCCCCACCCCCACCACCUCCCGGACGAACUACUUCUCUUCUACUUAGGCACAGCUCUGACAGCUUACCCAAAGAAGAAAAAUUGGCCAGCCAGGGUCAGACCACCACUGCUGGGAAGCCAGCGUCAACUACAGCCAAGACUCAAUCAAAUCAGUUGUCUUCUGUUUUACAAGCUCAACAAUCCAACGUAGUAGAAGAGAAUAAACAAAUAGCUUCUCAGUUGGGUGUUGAAGGUCAACCACUGAAAGACAAACCUGCCAAACUCUACAGUGCUCACUCAACGAAGAUGUCUCGCGUCCCUGUUCAAGAAUCACAACCCCCUGAGUCAGUCAGGUUAUCCACGGACAGAGUGGCCAACUGCCUAGAUGAAAAUGCAGCAUCUUCUAUAAUACCAAAUCACAACAUCCUACAAAGAUCUCAACAGAGUAACAGUGAGCCAAAACUUUCAGAAGUCCUACCACCAACAUAUUCUAAUCUUUACUAUCAUGGAAUUGCUCAUAAUUCCCAAAUUUCCUCUUCAAGGGCUGUAAAACGGUCACUUCCUGUAAAUGCGAAAUCUCACGAGGCAAUCACAGGACAGGACACGAAUACCUUCUUAAUUUUUGGAAGACAAAACAAAGAUGAUGUGAAAAGUGUCCACACCUUUCAGACUUUUACAUGCGAUGCCCAGAGGGGACAUGAACCUGAAGCACAUUGCAAAGCUGGCAGAAAGAUUGAAACUCGCUGUAAUUCCCUGGAUUCUGAGCCUGUUCAGCCUAUUCCAUCAGACAGCGGUGUGAUGUUAGAUUGGGGAUUUGAUGAGGAGGGUUGGUUGUUUAAACGCUCUGUUUCUGUGUCUACGAGACCUCUCUUCAAGCCAGUAAUGGGCAUGAAUGGGGCCAAGGCUCGUAGUCAGAGCUUUGGCGCACGCUACAUGGACAGACCCAGUUUCAACAGGUCUGGAAAGGUCCGCACACAGAUCAAAACACACUCGGGGAGCUCUUUGAAUUCUCUUGGAGAUGUCCUUCCUGGCAGCAUGAGUUGCUCCAGUAGCUACCAUUGUCCAAUGAAUCGAUCCCUUUUAAACAACUUUUUGAUCGAAGAGGGCCUGACAGGUCCUUCACAUUUGGGUUCCUCCAGUGAAAGGCUCCAAAGCCUAAAACUCCAACGAGAGCAGGCUCGGCGGCUUCAGAUUGAGCAACAGUUUUCAAGCGCCUUUGGUGAGCCCGUUUCUGAAGAACCAGAGAGACAAAGCACGAUAACCACGAUCGAGGAGAAAGUUAUGCUGGGAAUUGAGGAGAACUUGCACAAGUCUCAGGAACAGGACAGAACUACUGAAGUAAAGCAAAAGUCUGGCUCAAGCAUUGCAAAUUGGUUUGGUUUUCGUAAGAGUAAGCUUCCUGCUCCAAGCAGCAAAAAGACCGAUCCACCAAAAGUUAAAGAAGAAAAGCGGGAGCAAAAGAUUACAUCUCUACUUGGAGGAAAGAAUGCAAAGUCAGACAAAAAGAGAGACAGAAGAAAAAGUGAUGGAAAAGACUGCUCUGCAGGGAGAAGAGAGUCUCAUGAUGCAGUGCGGGCAUGCAUCUCAAUGCCCUGCCCAGGAAUGUCCAUGACUGACAUCCAAGGACAUACAAACAUCAUAGGAGAGUCAAAGAUGAUGACCCGAAGAACUGAUGGUGAAAAUGGAUCUGGAGUGAAGAGCCCCACCCAGGAUGCUGUAAUAGGCUCCGGCUGCAAGACACGAACGUUGGACAGUGGAAUCGGGACCAUCCCUCUCCCAGAAUCCUGUUCCUUCUUCUCCUCCAUUCUGCAACUCCUCCCUAAAUCCUCAUCAACCCCAGAACAGUCUCUGAGUCCUCCCAGUGUCCCCGGCUCCUCCAGCGAGGACGUGUCACCUUCCCCAUUACCCCGGUGGAGAAUCCCCUCCAGCUUUAAGGACGGCAGCCUCGCGGGGGUGCACAACUCCCACUCCGACUCCUCCAUGACCCAAAUCCCAUCAGUGCCUUUCCCCACUGUGGCCUUCCUCCAACCCAUCGAACCCCCGCCUGCACCCAUUUUGACCUCUGCAAAUGUGUGUGAUACCCAGAGCAGGCUAUCCAGGCCGCCACAAGCUUACGAUUCAGAGGGUCUCAUCAUCGUAAAGUCUACACAUACCAUUCUUGAUGUCGUCCCCAAGAUUGGAGACGCAAGUCGUACAAUGUGGAAUGGAACCAAAGAAGUUGACUCAUACCAAAUCGAAAACACGCGCCGCUCCAAGCCAACAGAAAGAACAGAAGAGGCUUCAGCUUGCCAACUGAAACCUGAAUCUGAAUGAGUCGACUUGAAGCGAGGAACGAAGAGAUGGGAUGGAGUUAUCACUGUACCACAUGUGGAGGAUCCCGUAAAUCCAACACUUUUGUUCUCUGUGUCUGUAUCGAAAAGAAACAUCCAGAACUGGGCAACAAACGAGCUUGGCAUUGUAAGGCUCCCACCUGCACUCAGUGAUGUACUGAAGGAACAGCAAAGCCUUGAUGGUGCACAGACGAACCCUCUGGCAGCUGUUUUGGAGGUCUGCAGCUCGUUUGGCUUCAGCUGAGAGCAACAGAGUGAAUCUGUGGUCUCCUCAGACAUUCACACGCAUAUUCCAUUUAUCUGCAUUUUACGCAACACUUUUGCAGAAUGUAUGUGUAACAUGUUUCUUGUUUAAUGAGCUAAUGAAUAAGAGAGCUACCUGUAAUCCAAACAUAUCAGAGUUGAUAAGAGAAAUGUAUGUACGUGGAGAACAGCGCUUAACCUGAGCUGAGCAAAUCUAUACAUAGAACAAAGUUUACAUGCUCAUCUACAUGGAGAUGCUGUCAAAUGUGAAUUACAGCUAUGUUGAUUUAGCCAUGCCACCUAAAUAUCUACAUCAGUGUGUGUUAUAUCUGAAAUGUUUUAUCAGCCAAGUGACAAAAAAUGUAUACCUAAGUCAAACACAAGCCAUCAAAUUUCCUGCACUGAGGAAUUCUGUUAGUUUAGUAGCAAUUUUCAGAUUAAAUGGUGAAUAAAAAGCACCACAGACUUGUAACAACAGUGGAUGAAAAGGCCUCUACUGUAAAUUGCUUUCAACACUUUUUUUUUUGUUGGUUGGUUUUUUGUUUUGGCUAAAACAUACUGUACAAGUGAAUAUCAAAAUCAAAUGUUGCCACUCAGAAACGUAACUCUUCAUUAGUGGAAUCUUUACUAGAGUCAAACGUGAUGACUGCAACAGUCGAAGGAAGCAGACGAGUAACGGUUACAAUGUUCAUGGGACUCAGUACUCAGCCAACAUUUGUAUCUGGGAACCAUCCGAGGCAUGAAGUGGCUGGAAAUUGGGGCCUCGUGUGGGAGUAUAAGUAGGUUUCAUGCGGGCCCCGUGUGAAAUGCUCGCAGGGCUUUUGCUCUGGUAACUUGGACAGUCAUUCACUUCUUGAAAUUUCUCUCUCAUGACUUGGGUGUGGUACCACUCACGCUCACAGCCAUACCCACUGGUACACAAUUUACUGAACCAAACGCCACUCUUUAAUGGCAUUUAAGAGCCAUUUUCAGAAGAUGCCUAUUAAAUUGCGAACAACCCCGAGGGAUAACAAGUUUUUAUUGCAAAACUAACACCAAUCCAUCACUGACAUUCCUACACACAUCCUUUGUUUCUCUGAUUGGUUACAUGCCCAUCCAGUGUCCUCCAGACGUAGUAUCUUUCUGCAUCUGUUGGUACUGCAUCCUGGGUAUUUAAAAAAACAACUAAAGAAGGGGAUGGUUGGCCAGGUUAAUGUUCAGCUACAUGAGUGAUGAAUGGACAUGUUUCCAAAAUGGGUGUCUUUUUUGAGUCCCUCUUGGGCCAACAUAAGCAAACCCAAUUUAGCCAUUAAGGACCCAGUCCAAACAACAUUAAUACAAUUUUUAUUUCAGAUGGGCCCCCACGUUCAAAUAUUGGCUGGAUUGUGGGAAAUCCUUGUGAAUGUGGUUGGGUUUUUUUUUUAUAUAACCCUCUCAUGUUGACACUGCAUCUCUAUUUUUAUAGCUCGGAGGCGAAAGCCACGUACUUAUUAUUUUCUGUCUACUUUUCCAUCCAGUCGCAGAGGAACAUCUGAGUUGUCUUUGUUAAUUAGAAUCUCCGUUCUCCUUGCAGCUCUGUUAAGGUCUUCCUCAAAACUCGUCGGUCAGCUCAAUGAGGCAGCCGGUGUCCUUGGUGAUUGUCAGCCAAAGAUAAGCGAGCUGUGAGCUCCAAUUACACAGUUCUUUAACUCCACUUGAGGACACAAGUUGUAUUAGUUAAAUAACUCUGCACAAGCACAACCAGUGUUUCACCAGACGUUCAUCAUGCCACCAGCUGUGGUCUCUGUUAGAUAUUAGUCUCACUGCAGGAAUCCUGCAGAGCAAGUGUCAAGGAACUGCAUGCAAUUUACCUUUUCCUGCCACAGUUGAAGAUGUUCAUAAAUGUCUAGUCGACGAUGUGAUUCUAACUUAGAUGCAAUGAAGAUCUAAGAUGUAAUAUCAAAUGCUUUUGAGCAAAACAUCAGAUGGAUUCUAAUAAUCUCAAGAGUACAAAUCAUGAUUUCAUUUGUACAGCACUUACUACUGGAUGCCACUCAUGAACUCUGUUCCUGACGGAGUUACGUGACUCUUUAAUGUGUGCACUGAUUACGUUUGAAGCAUAUAUUUAUUACAGUUACAGUGUUAAUAUCCACUUGCAUGCGAACAGCCUUGGGCCUAUUCUGACCACAGAAAUGCACCGUAUGACUCAAUAUCUAUCAUAUGAAGAAUUUUAUUACAACAAGCAAGCAAAUCUAUUCUAUGGAUCUUGAUGUGCUCCGUUGAAUAUUUAGUAAUCAUUACACAUAAUCUGUCACGGUUUUUUGCGUUUCAUUUGUCAAACACUGAAUAUCUUAUUUUGAAAGUGAUGAGAACUGCGUUUUGCAUUUGCAACAUGUUUCCGCAGCAAUGACAUCAAGACGAAGCGGUGAGUUUUUGCUUGUAGUCUUAGUUAAACAACAUCUAGUAGGUGUAUUGUUGGGCAUUGUUUUAAUAGCUCAGGGAAAAUAACAAUUGUUGUCUCUGAUAGAUGCUGUGGAAUUCAUAAGUAAACCUCACUUUUAUUAUGUACAGCUGCUUCAUUGAAUGCGAUGAUGCAGCAGAUGUCACCGCAGUGGUUUCAGUUUAGACUAGCCUACCUGGGUUCAGUGUCUUCCUCCUGUCAGCUCUUGUUGAUUAUUCGCUGUAAGAUAUUUCAACGUUGUCACUCAGUCCCUCUAGUAUGUAUGCUGUGUUCUUUAUAUUACUGUUUUUGGUGUUAUACUGUAAAUGCAUUCUGACAUAUUUAACAGUUCUAGCUGCUUUGCGAUGCUUCCCCUUUAUGACUACGUGUACUUGAUUUAUUUUUUUUCUUUAAUGUGAAAAUAUUUGCUGAAAUGCACAUUGCCAAACACAUCUUUGAACUUAUCACAUGCACAGAAAAUGAAUGCAACUAAAUUAAUUUACGGGACAUUUCAUGUCAACAAUAGCCAUAAUCUUUAGGACUAAACUAAAGACAGUUUACAGUUUCACAUGACGUAGAACCAACUGUAAAGUUGCACAUGUCUAGUAGUAUUGUUAUAUUCAUGUAUUUACCUCUUCUUUUAUUUGCUUCACAGCUACAUGUACUGUAUACACUGGUGGUCGAAAACACAGCAAAGUUUACUGUAAUGGCGACACAAACAUGUAAUAAAUGAAACAUGUAGCAUCCACAGAUGAGGCUAGGAUCUGGAAACCGAUUGGCUGCACUGAUACGGGUAGACGGAGUGAGGCAUCUGUGUUUCUGAAAUGGCUCACGCUGUAAAGCGCCACUUUCACAAGAGUGUUGUAUUUUUCUAACAGUUACUCCGAUGUCCUGUAUUUCUACUCGGCACCGAUGAACAUAACUAAACAUUUAUUGCACAUAUCAUCUCUCGCUACCAACACUAACUCUUCUUCUAGAUGUUUUUUCUGUUUCCAGAAUCCAAUAAAAAAAAGUGAUAUUUUCGUGUGAAAGUCACCUUAGCAUCAGAAUUGCUUAUUACCAAUAUUCUUUGUUUUAUGUCAAAGGAAAAAAAUAA